CUUGUGCGCAUGUUUGUAUCGGAGCAGGACAGCAGCAUCAUUUCAUGGUUGAUGUCCAGUUGAAGACUAGACGAUAAAUUUGAUCAUUUAUAAACAUAUAAAAUCGUUUAUAUCGGGGUCGCUGAGAGAUCGAUAAGGAGGCAUCAUGAGUAAAGUGCAGGGUGGGAUGAAAUGCGUGAAAUAUCUGCUUUUCGUUUUCAACUUCAUCUUCUGGGUAAGUCCUCUGCUGCAAAAGCUGCUCUUCUUUAACUCAUUUUCAGCAUGUUUAUCUCUGUUUAGUUGUAAUUCUUGCAGGAGUCGAUCUUUGCUGAUUUAUUCUGCAUUUGAAAAGCUGAUUAUCUCUGGUCUUUGUGUGCAGAAAGGCUGCAGCUGCUCCUCCUUGUUGUGUUGUUUAUCUGUCCCAUACUCUGCAGGUUAUCAGUCUGUUUAUAGGGUUAAAUAUGGUUUCUUAAUAAGAUAGUUUCAUUGUGCAUUGAAGAGUAAAACCUGCAGGUUAUUUAUAUCCACCUGCUCGCUCCAAACUCACAGCAGAGCCUCUACAUUAUCAAACCAAACCUCAUUUACUUUUAUGGGGAUUUAAUAACCAGGAUCUCCUAUAGCUAAUGCAAAACAUCAGCGCCUAUAAAUCAUCAAUAUUUUCAUUUUAAUCCAUUAGGAAGCCACAGUACCUUGUUACAGCCCGCAAAGAGUUCCCCAUUAAUGAGAUGAAGUUAAUAAUUAAUGUAUAAAUCAAAUGAGAGCCUGUAGGCCGCCCACACAUUCACACUAAUGUGAUUUAUUCUGAGUCUAUAAUGUAGUGUGGUCAUCCUGGGAAGCUGCAGAGUGAUGCUACUUUUCCAACAGAUCCUCUCCGAUGGUUUAUCAUUGUUCUGUGACUUUCCUGCUGCACGCCUGGGACUCUGUGUGUGUGUGUGUGUGUGUGUGUGUGUGUGUGUGUGUGUGUGUGUGUGUGUGUGUGUGUGUGUUACAGAUAGGGUUAAUCUGUUUAUGGUACAUCAUGGAUGAGGUUUGUGUCGGUCUGUUUGCUGCACUAGAUCAGCUCAGAUAGUGCUGAUUUCCACUGCAGUGAACUAUCUCCUCAUCGUUUGUCAAGUCUUGUUAUUAUCUGUACGGAUGAUGGGGAUAAAUAUUUGAUAACGGUGGUUAGGACUCACUUGUAGCUUGUAGUUCUCUUUGGCAGAGGUUGUAGGUAGAUGCAACCUGUUUGAACAAAUUAAAAAUAGCAAAUAAGACCAAUUUUGGUGCUAAAUUGAUCUUUUUCUGCAGUUUUUUCUCUUGUCUCCUGCAGAUGUAUUUAACCAUAUUAGAGCCAAAUCCUUGUUUCUACUCUAACUUUAGACGGUAGAAGAUGCAUAUAUUCUUUUUUCUAAUUAUUCUCCUGUGUUAAGAUAGCAACCAUUCAAAACUUUGGCUGUGUCAUGCACUGGAAUAUUAAAUGAAGAAGGUUUAAUCAGGAAACUUAGUACUGCAAGCUCUUUAGAUAACUUAGUUAGCUGCAUUUUUACAUCACCUUUUUUUUUUUUUACGCCCCAUAAAAUGUUGGAAAACUGCAAAAUGCAAAUUACAGCUUCCCAAAGCUAGAGAUUAUGUUUACAAAGUUGUUGGUUUAGUCUGAAAAAGAGCCAAAAAUCCCAUAAAUAUUAAAUUUUCUAUCUUUUGAAACAAAACAAAGUUGCUGAUCCUCAUAUCAGACAGACCUGAGCUCUGUCAUGUUUGGAAAUUUUACCUAAAUAUCACUCAAACCAUCCACUGGGUUGCAGGUUGAUUUUGCCAAAUUGCCAAUCAGGCGUUACAGCUGUAAAUGCUCUAAUAGACUUCUGUAAUUGUCCAGAAUGGAUGCUUGUGUUUUACAGCUAAAUGAUACAGUGUAUAUGUGUUUUAACGGCUGCAUCGGCUCACUGUGCUCUGUAAGACGAUCUCUUGUGUCACCGAAGUGACAGCGGCCUCUUUGUUCAGAGUUUUAGGGGCUGAAAGCAGAGCCGUUGUGGUCGCAGCCAAAAGGGGCGUAAUGUCCGAACGCUGUCAUUUUGGGGUGCAGAGCCAAACCGGCAGCCAAUCACAGUGAGCGUUACAUCACCCUGCUCUGUGAGGCUGGCACCGCCUGUGGCUGAAAUGCACCAUGGGAGAUGAAUGGCUCAUGCUGCCAGUUAGAUAUGAUAUUCAAAUUGUUCAUGAGGAAAGAAGAGCGGCUGAUAGUGAGGGUGUGGGUGUUUCUUUGACUGUCAGUUUAAUACAGAGAGGAAAUAACUAAAGAGACUUUUAAUCCUGAUGAACAUUUUAAAAAGUUGAUUUUAAUGUAAAAAGUUUAAAAAGUUGGGUUUCUAAAAGUGCAAUCAUUUAUCUUGUUUGCGCAAGACAGUUAUCUUGUAAUUAUAUUGUUUGCUCAGUAAGACUAACUUGUUCCUGAAAGGUAAAAACUUUUAAACAUGAGAUAACCGACUCCAACAAGAUCGAAACUUAUUCCUGCAAGAUUUCUGUAGCACGUGCGCAAGAUAACAAGUUAUACCCACAAGCUAAUUGUGCUGUGCACGCAAGAUAAUUAAACUGUUUGGAUAAAAAAACAAGAUACUGUCUUGGUACUGAUAUUGACAGAUAGUAUUGAUGCUAUCUAAGGUUAUAGUUUUAUAUCAUUUAAAUGGUGUAUUUUGUUAACAAGAACAUUAACUUUGUCCUAAUUAAGCUAACAAGAUAAUAUCUUGCUACCACAAGACAGAAGCACACUUCUGCAAGAUUGUUGUAUCAUGUGCAUGAUAAGUCAGAUCAAUUGAUAAUCUUGUUCCUUUUAAUAGUGAAUUUUGCACCUAAGAUAAUUACUUGUUUACUCAAGAUAACCUUUUUAAACAAGAUAAUUGUAUCCUGCUCUCAAGAUAACUUAUUCCCUGUAUUAACACUUUUUGUGCUCAAGCUAACUUGUUCUAUCGAAUUAUUUAUAUAUUUAUUUAUAUAUUUUGCGCACAAGAUAUUGUUAACAUAUAUAUAUUGUUUCCAUAAGACAGAAACUAGAGAGGACAAGAUAAUUAGCUUGUUCCCCAAAAUGACAAUUUUUCUCACUCAAGAUAAUAUCUUGUUCUCUCAAGUUAAUAUCCUUUUCACAAGAUAGAUGUAUUGUGCGUACAAGAUAACAUCUUGUUUCCAUAAGACAGAAACUAGUGAGGACAAGAUAAUUAACUUGUUUAACCCCACAGUAAUACAUUUUGCCCUCAAGAUAAUAUCUUGUUCUUUCAGGUCAAUAAUCUUUUCACAAGAUAGAUGUAUUUUACACACAAGAUAACCAUCUUGUUACCACAGAAUAAGUAUGUGGUGCACACAAGAUAUCUUGCUUGUUGAACUUCUAGUUUAAAUUUCUUCCAUUGAGAUUGUAUCUUGUUUCUUCUGGAUUUAUUAGAUGCACACAAGAUAUUGAACCUGCUUUGACAAGAUAUUAACUUUUGCGCACAUACAACCCCAGUUCCCUCAAGAUAAUUACUUUUUACUACAAGAUAAAUCUGUUAUGUGCUCAAGAUAAUUGACUCAAAGAUAUUAGUCUGUGCACACCAUGAUUUUCAUUAAUCAAGAUCAUUAAACAGAGUCCACAAGAUAAGAUCAUGUGCAUAAAAGUCACAGAUCUUGUUCUUUGGGACCUCAGUGGUCAUGAUUGUGUUGUUUUGUUGGUUUAAACGCCGUCCUGUCACACACCCACACAGCUUUAGUGUAAAAUCUUCUGUCUGAGUGUUUCCAGUGACAGAAGAACCAGAUAAAGCCGUUUAGGUGUUUCCUCAAGGUCGGUAAGAUCCUGUUUCUCAGGGUGACACCUCAUUGAUUCGUUGAUCCGUUUAUUCUGGGUAAAGCUCGCCCCGGGAGCUCGGCUGUCUUCUCAGUGUUGUGACAAACUCUUGAACACUUCAUAUAUUUCAGCCUCAACAGCCUCAUUUCAGCAGGAGCCUCAUACAGAGACAACCUUUUCAGAGACGGGAGUGUUCUUCUGGCUCCGACACUCGGUUUGAAAAGUCUAAACAAGUCUGAAAACCUUCAGCAUUAACAUUUCUGGCUGAAGUUUGGUGAGAAUAAACAGACAGUGAGAAUCUAGAGACACUUCGCUGCCUGAUCUGCUGCACACACAGAAUCUUAAUGAAUCCAGGAAGCAAAGAAAAACCUUGAUGGGACUUGGUGUUUGAGUGAUUUCUGGGCAAACUCUCAAAGCACUAAAAAGUUUUUCAUCUGAUGGAUCCUCCAAGUUUCAUAAAGAUCCUAAAGUUUGAUAAUAAGACAUGAAUAUUAAUGAUCUGGUUUUCCCCCUUCAGCUGUCAGGCCUGCUGGUUCUGGCUGUGGGACUGUGGCUCAGGUUCGACCCGAAGACGGUGGAGCUCCUGAUGGGUGAUGGAGCGCCUGACACCUUCUUUAUCGGUAUGUCAUUGACUCUACAUCCUCUGAUCCUCAACAGACCAUGAAAUAUGGAGCAAGUUAAGACUAAAGUCAGGCUUUGUUGAACGGAGAGGAACAUUUUUAGUCUGGUUGGGAAUUAAACUGUUGAGAGUAGGGCUGGGUGAGAAACCGAAAUUUACCAAUACCGAAAUUAAAAGUUGUUUUUGGAUGUGUGUAGGUAGGCUGUGGUCUCAUGUCCCUUUAAGACGCUGUCCUACAUCAGAGACGUGACUCCACCCCAUCCAGUCCGUAACAAAGAGGGAAAGACAGGUGAGGAGAUGGAGGACGGUUCAAAAGUUGGAGCGGCUGAAGUAGACGAAGUUAAAGGGAUAUUCUGGCGUAAAUCAAUUUAGCGUCAAACACACCGUAACACCGAGUUAGACCCCCCCUCCAGAGAUGAAUGUUGCCGACCGCUUGCUUCUCUAGUUAGACCAACUUUAGUAACGACCGCAGGAUAGUGAUACACAGCAGUCUGAGGAGCCAUAAACAAACCUCAACCAAAACGCCACUCUAUAGCCACAAAUAAUGCUCAGAACAGGACCUGAACUUCAUCAACAGCGGCUGCUAGGGUCACAGACAUAGUACUAGACACCAAACAUUUUGUAACUUUGACUCAUUUCUUUAGAAAUGAGUCAAACACAACUCAAGACUCUUUGCAGCCGUCUAGUUUAUGGCUGUGACCCAGGCCAGUCCAUUACGGAUUAUAGUGGGGUGACGCAGCUCAAGGAAGAACAUUUAUGAUCAUUUCUUUAUGACGUUUUGGUUGAGGUUUGUGCAUGGAGAUGUAGACCACUGUGUAUUGCUAUCGUGCGGUCGUUACUAAAGUUGGUAUAAUUAGAGAAGCAAGCGGUCGGCAACGUUCAUCUCUGGAGGGAGUUUCUAACUCUGUGUUACGGUGCGUUUGACCCUAAAUUAAUUUAAUGGCAGCAUAUCCCUUUAAUGUGGGAGGGGGUGAGCAGCUUAUGGAGUAGUUAUCGUCCGUUUAUCAUUAUUGAGGUGAACUGCUCAAUAUAUCGUGAUACUGAUUUGAGGCCGUAUCGUCCAGCCCUAACUUAGAGUCAGAUUAAUAUCACAUCAAAGCUGAAAAUUGAAGAGAAUCAGCUUUUCUUCUUUACUUGAUAAGUUAUCGAAUCUGGAUGUUGUUAAGAAUACAUUAUUUUUCUACAGAUUAGUUCACAUUUCCAGCCUUAAAAAAAUCAAACUUCAUCAUAGAAACAUGAGAGGUAUCCCUGUGUAGCGUUAGUUUCCUGACAUCGGUUUUAUGUCGCUCUCACCGUUUAACAAACCCUUGUUUUCUUCCCGGGGGAUUUCCAAACAGCAGCUUUAAGAGGCCGCAGGUGUUAGUGAGCUGUAAUCAACGCUUCACGGUUCAUUUUGCUCUGAAAGCACACCGAUGUUUCAUCACUACCUUCUCUGCACAGAUAAAUCUGACACAUCACUCUGAUCUUGAUCUAUUCGGACGGUUUCUAAUCCUGAAUGUGGGGAACGGUCGUGCUGAGGGUGUUGGUGAAAAGCAGCAUUAGUGGAAACAUUUCCGUUUAUGGGCUUCAGGAGGAAAUCAUCAUGUCCACACAAAUCAAUAUUCAUUUUCAUAAGCCGGAGUAUCUACUAAUGGAUCAAUCGAUAAGAACCAGUCAGAGCCUCUGAGCGGCUCCGUCUCUUCUCUGUUCUAUUGGAUUGAUCUGACUUUAAUUAUUCGUUGAUUCUGAUAAACAGAACCGUCCUCACGAUCUCCGAGCGCAUAGAUGACGUUUUACUUUUUUACAAAGUGACAUGCAUGAAAAGUUAGAAAAAAAAACUCAAAUAUAUCCAACUCAGUUUACUUCAUAUGACUUUAUUAACUUGUUACAGUGUAAAAGUAUUUGUGUAAAUACCAACACAAAGUUAGGGAGACAACAUUUAAAGAAGUUUGACUUGUUUGAAUAAAUUGUUAAAAGUAUUAAAAGGUCAAAGGGUCCAAACUGUGAGAGGCAUCAAUGAGUCUGACAGAAAUGAGCACAAACUUUGUGAAAUGUGAUUUUAUUUUAGAUUCUUGGGAGUGAGAAAAUAACAAAUCAGGUGUAAAAUCAGAGGGAGGGUUGACCGUAAAGAACAUAAAUCCAGCAACAUCGAAAUAAUAGACGAAUAAAUCUAGGCAGAAAAUGACAACAAAGAAAAAAACAGAAAACGCUAUGAAACAAAAAUAUAAAACAAAACAUCCAAAAUUAAAGAAAAGGAAUAUCUUUGAGUCUCACUAUGAAGCUGAACGUCAUGGAAAAAGUUUACUUUGUUUUUAAAGACAGAUUUUUCUACAGGUUGAGAGCCUUUAAAGACUGAUUUUCCGAACAUUUACAUCGUAGUUGCCUUAAAAUGAUCCAAAGUGAAUUCAUCAUCCCCUCUUUACUUUCAGAGGACGUUAUGAAGAUCUUGAGGAAAUCAUACGUCAUAUCUUAGGUCAACUGUCCAUCGGAGGACUUUAAGAAGAUUUGGAGAAAACUCCUGGAAAACUCUCAGCUCACAUCUAAAGACACGUGUUUAGAGUUUUUAGUCUCAGCCUGAGAUUUUCCAAAGACUGUUAAUCCUGCAGGGUCACUGUUUACUAGACUACAACUAGAUCCUUUUAGUAUUUUUGACAGUUCAGUGAAGGGGGAGGGGGUGGCUCAUUAAUCAGCUGUGUGUUCAUAUAUGACGACUCAGAACUCGCUAAUGCUAAUACUCGGCACACGCCCUGCGGCCCGUGAGUUCUGCACUGAAGCAUACUGAGUACAAAGUAACGCGUAAAAAAACAUUAUUGUUGAGGUGUGGCGGCUUUUAUUUAGCCGUGGAGGUGCGUCAUUACAUGUAGGGGAAACCCUGCAGAUGGUGUUAAAUAGGCCAGGCUGAUCUGCCCACAGCUCCAAUAUCUGCUUCUUUUUUAUCGCCAUUUAUUCUUAAUAUAUUCUUGUUCUUGUUUUGACUGUCAGGUUUCCUUUGGAGCUCAUCUAUUGGUUGUUGGUUGUGUAACGUCACUGGGACUUGCGAUAAUAUCGAACACAAGACUACAAAAGACUGAUAUGAAACAGCGCAGAUUACCACCUUAAACUUAAUGAUUGAGAUGAUGGGAGCGUGCUGUGACUCCGCUGUGACUCUUCUGUGACUCUAGGAAAACUUCUAGAUUUACUUCAGACUUUCAGUUUUUAGUCUGGGACUGUGAAAAUCAUUUGGUGGAAGUUUAGCAGUAGAAGGAGGAAGAGUUGGAUGUGAACUAUAAGCUGGUUCAGCUCUGUUAAAGUUAACCAUCGGUGGAUGUUGCACUGCAUACUAAUCACAACAAGUGUCACGUCUAUUAGUUCUGGCCUGUCAAAGAGUGUUACAGAGAGUUCAUCCCAGAGUACCUGACUGCAGACACAGAAGACCUCUGAGAAACUUAGACUAUCAGAUUUAAUGUUGUCCCUCGUCGUGUCGGUUUCAAAAACUUAAAACUUGCAGGAAGUAAAGUCUGCACAUGUCUCAGUUAGACCUCAGCUGAGUCGGGAGUUUAAGCUUGGAUUUUAGCUGCUGUUGAGUGAUCUCAUAUAAAGUCUCAUCUUUUGUGUAUAAACUUAGAUUAUUUGUAAACUCAUUUUUAGAUCAUUUUAAAUAAAAAACUUUAGAAUCAAACCAGCUGUUUUAAACAUUUUGAUAUUUAACACGAGACCCUCAGACACUCAGACUGAAGCGGAGGUCACACUUCCCACUGCGCCUGUUCUUAUAUUCAUGGAAGUCCAACUGUGCACGAGUGCUAACAGCCAGGUCCUUCUCCAUUUAAAGGUGUCUGUUUUAAAUUUAUCAGUAUUUUUCCUGCCGUCUUGGAUACACAAAGAUCGUCGUCCUCAUUGAGAACGAUUCGAGGAAGAUGAGUGUACUGAACUUAAAAUUAACCCUGUUCGUCACGUAUUUUCAGACAUUUUGGAUGAUAAAUCUCGUUGAUCCUUUAGAUGACACAUGAGGAGCGGUCGGUGUCUUUACUUCAGUGUCUCUGAGAGGCUCUUUGACUCUGAAUUGAUCUUGAAUGAAGUUUCUCUGCAGAGAUCUGACACACAGCAGGUGAUUUAAAGCGUACAGUAGAGAGGACAAACGGGCUUCAGUCUGAGGCGGGACGCCGUACAAUAGGCCCUCUCUCUCUCUCUCUCUUUCUCUCUCUCUCUCGCCCCGUGUAGGAGCAGAUGACGAGAAUGAAGCCUAUUCUUGUUGCUCCCGUUUAGACCAUGACCUAAAAUGGUGACUUCACUUCAUCAGCUCUCUGCUUCCACGGAACUGACUCCGACUCCCCCCUCCUCCCCUCCUCCCCUCCUCCCUCAGCACACCAGCAGCAGGUUGGGUGGGGCAGGUGACUCCUUUAGCAGCAGCAGCAGAUAUGAUCCUAAUAAACCAUCCUUAAGAAAAAAUAACCUUAGAAACAGGAGCUUGUGUACGUCUGAAAACACACACAGCUCGAAUGUUUCACUAAUUCUGUCCCAGUAACUCAGGAGACAGACUUUCUGAAUUUUUGCAGGGAUACUGAUAUUAUUUUUGCAGGGAUAUUGUGCAACAAAACAAUUUAAACACACAGAAAACUGCACUGUGCAUUAAUGUUAUAUGAACAGUGCGCUCUCUGUAUUUUUCAUUCUCCUGCUGCUAGAUUUUGCACUCAUGCACAGCUCUCCUUUUCUAAUAUAUUAUGUAUUUUGUUCAAGCUCUAAUUUUGAUGAGUGUAUUUUGUCUAUUUAAUACGGAAGCCUUGAGGUGCAAAAACACAACACAAAAAGAGAAAACUCAAUGGUUAAUGUUGUUGUGUUUUCUUUUUUUGCCAUUCUGUUUUCUGAUUUGUCGUUGUGUUUUUGCUCCUCAGGGCCACCGUACUUUAAGUUCCCUGAACAGUCAUAGUCCUGCAGUAAAAAGCUUUAUUAUUCUAUUUUUAUUCCCGUUGUUAUUCUGUGCUCAUCGUCUCACACUGAUAUAUAAAUUUAGUGCAUGUGUAAAUGAACUUGACCAUAAACCCGAACACUAACUCUGAUUCAGAGACGGUUACGUAAACAUUCAUCUACUAAAACGGCUCAUAUUUUCUGAAUUAAUGAUCUGAUAUUUUUUUUUUACUUGUUUAUUUGAGCGGGACAAACAUCUGAAACUCUGUCUACAUCUUUAUAAUAAAACACAGAACAGCUGUUCAGUCCUGAAGGUGAAAACACCGACGGAUCUCAGAGGUUUCUGUUUAUUCAAAUGACUUCAGCAAAGAUAACUUUUAUUCAGUUUAAGUCAAUUUGACAUGCAAAUGUUAUCACUCUCAUGCAGUAUUACCGUACACCAUUACCUUACUGUUCUUCAUUUAUCCACAUGACAUAUUUCUACUUUUCUAUUUGUCUAAAAAUAUAUAUAUUAUAGUUAUUUACUAUCAUUGACAAUAUCAAACAAGAGCUCUUUCAGUGAGGACUAGUUUUCUUUGCCCAUCCUCUUUGCCACCAGUUGAACUCGUCCUUUCAGUACCACUCGUUUUGAACGCACAACAAACUGUUCACAAAAAAAUCCAAAGCAAAGUCGGCGAAAUCAAGAGCAACAACGAGCCGCAGCCUUCAACAGAAAAGGUGUUACAACUCACCAGCCGAUCCACCAAACCACAUAUUAACCGAACACAGCAGUCCUGACAAACGUGACAGUGGAGUUACUUGAACCUGUGAGUUAUGGUCAAACUCGUGUUAUGGACUUAUUGGGUCUGAAAUAAGUUUAAAUAUAAUAAUAAUAAUAAUAAUAAUAAUAAUAAUAAUAAUAAUAAUAAUAUAAAUGUAAUCCAAACACACCAGCUAAUAAAUAUAUAUAUAUAUAUAAUUUUUUUUGAUAAUAAUAAAAUAAUAAUGAUAAUAAUAAUUGCUAUUAUUAUUAUAUAGUAAUUUCGUCAUUCUGGGGAUAUAAGCUGUAGGUUAUCUGUGUUUGAAAUAUUACAACUUUGAUCAUGUCAUGUUGACAAGAAUUCGUUGACAGAAAAAAUGUCAACUGUAUAUCACUUUCACCUCCUCAGGACACACAGCUCAGUAGUUCGCUUUCUAUUAAUACUUUUUUUUUUGAUUUACAUUAAUUUCCAUUUAGUGUAAAACACCAGAAAAAAAACAUGCUGCCCUUUUCUGACUUUGGGCCCCUGUCCCUCUAUAAUCAUGUUCACGGCCCUGGUCCACACACUACACAAAAACCCACAACAGACACACAAUAACAGCAGCAGUAACCCGUUUAAACUGUCUCCAAAAACCAUUAAAACAGUAAAAACAAAAAGGUGAGACAUACCUGCUGAUCAAGGUGAGGAUGACCCCCGGCCGGUGCGCUGUUGUGCGGGUGGGUGGUGCGCUCGUGCAGCCCUCGUGGGUCGAUCAGCUCAGCCGGUCGGUUAUCCACCUUCUCCCAGCAGUUCGUCCAAACAGAUCCGUGACUUUAACGUCCUUCUGUGACUCUGAUCCGAGGAUUGGUCUCUUUUUACGGACACAUUUAUGGAGAUUAUCCCGAAUAACAACUUAGUCACCGAGAGACCGAGGAGGGAAAACGAGACCGAGCUCGAGGAGCAGCUGGAGAAACUUUAAUGAAAAGACUGGAUCUACUUUUAUAGUUUUAUUGAUGCAAAGAGACAAAGAAAGGCUGCCGGAGUUCAAUAUAGUUAAAUAUAGUUAUAUUUAAAUUGUUAGAUAUGAGGCGAAACAGGAGCGAUCAGCUAAAUGUCGGACUUCCCAAUUCAAAAAACCCGCCAGGUGAACAGCUGAUUUAAUACUUCCGGUGUGACGUACCAUCACGUGACUCGAAUCCCCGUAUGUAACCGCGCAAAAGGUAAAGGUAAAGGUAAUGGCUGCCAUAGAUGUAGAUAUGAACGCUAGAUGUCUUACACACGCUGUUCACCAAUGGAGACCGACGUCCGCACAUGGCGGCCAUUUUGCUACGGUCAGCUCGCCCACUCCUAACAUUCCCGUCUCCUGUUCAUGUAUCAUUUAAAUAACCAUCUACUGAUUAAUUUUAAACCGAUUUUUAAACGGUUUGGUUUGUAACAAACCUCGGAGUUUUAGUUAUGUUCCUGAAAACUCAAGAAUAGUUUUAACCAUGGAUUUACAUAAACAUUAAACAGAUAGGUAGAACAAUAGCUAUAGACCUACACACACAAGGCAGUUAUAUUAAAUCAUUUAUACAUAAAACAUUUAAUGAUUCCAUGUAUGUUAUAUUAGUAAUAUUUCUAUUAUUGGGUUAACUAUAAUAACAUAUAAAUAUUUAUUUUCAAUAUAAAUUUCUGCCUCAUGUUUCCAUUUUAGAUGUUUUUAACAAACCAAACAUCUUGGAAAUCAUGUUUAACUUCAGUUAUGUUGAAUCAAAAGAACAUUUCUGCCUCUUUAACUGAUGUCAAAUUACUGGGGCAACUUUGUAAUAUGUACUUGGUCUCACUCACAGCGAGUCUGUUAGCCAAGUUAGAUGGCUGAUAAACACAAACAAACCCACAAAGACUGACACUUAAACUAAAAAUAUAGGCUGUCAUACAAGAAUUUAAAAUCUCGAUUGUGGUCUCAGCCUUGACAAAGUGACUCAAAGUUAGCCCUUGUGUGUAAAUAGCCGUAAAACAACUGUGCUGCAUAAUUAAAUCUUCUUUUUUUUCCUCAAAGUAAAUCUGCCAUUUCAACAUGUCCAUGCAUCCCGACUCAUAGCUAUGUUAGUGAGGUCUGUAAUAAACAAAACCAUUUUUAAAUCUGUCAAGAUUACAGCGAGUUAAGAGUAUUUUUGAUCAUGUAGAUUACUGACUUCCUGUCAGCUACCAUAGAGCGAACCAGAAUGGUUUACUGAAGUAAGAUGGCCGCCAUGUAGGGACGCCGUUGGCUCUGCCUUGAGUCAUCUCGCCUUUUUUAUUUGUAUGUAUGGCACAAUACACAAAUAAACUAUAAAGGCCACAAAGAACUGACAUCUACAAUGACUAUAAAUGAGAUUUGGUCUCGUUUCUUCCUGAAAUUUAUCUUUAGUUUAAAACCGGUCCAAAGUGUUACGAUCGAUUCCUGAACCAGUUUCCAAACGUUUCAUUGUAAAACUUUGUAUUUGUAAAUUGGACCCAGAUCUGGUCUCUGAAUAUAUCUGGUGUAGAAACUUGAAAAAUACUCCAGAGCCAGACCAGAUCUUCCUUGGCCCAUUGUCCACCUUUUGUCGACCAAGUGUCACAUCAUGCUGAUAGUUUAAACAAACAACAGACAAACUACCUUUUAAAAACACGCAAUCUAUGGUCACACAGAGCAACACAACUGCAGAGAAAAACUUGUGUCUGUAAGAGUUGCAGCAGCAGCAGCAGCGUUUGUUGUCAGGAAACACUGGUCUGCAGCAGAUUAGCCAACGCACCGUUAUCGUUUCAUCUCAAUAUGUGAGCGAUCCUGCUGAGGAUGGAUGACGCUCUCACAGAGGAGCCUUAGCAACAAAACAAACAGGAUCCUGAGACGACGACGACGUGCACGGAGAGCUGCAGAGGGGCUGAACAGAGAGAAACCAUAACAAGGCAAAGUGGCAGCAUUCCCCAGAGAUGAAUCACUUUUCCAUCAUGUGACCUUUGUUGGUCCUUGUGCCGCCGUGUAAACAGCUUUCAGGUGGACGUAAAAGAGACGGACAGAGAGGAUGUUAUUUUUGCUGAGGAAGUUUUAGUUUGCAGCUUCAUAUCUGCUCGAUAUCAUCCGUUUAGCGACCAGGAGCUGCUUCACUCCGACUGUGAAGUUCAUGAUUCAGAGAUGGAAAACAUGUUUAGACUUUUUCAGCUCUGAGGACUCUUUUGUUUAAACACUUAAAGCUCUCCAGACCUGUUUUAUUUCUACAUUUCUAACCUGCACGCUCACCUAACCUCGGCUCAUCUUCACCGUCAUCUUUUGUUCAGCAGCAGCAGGAAAACAACAGCUUGCAUCCCUCCCCUUGUGGAUUAAUUAAAUUGCUGCACUGGUUGCCGUCUAUGUCACUGAUUAGACCCUCAGCAUCGACCUCUGGGACGGGGGCGGUGUCGGGUUACAGUGAACAGGACUCUGUAGUCGUAGUUCUGAGGGGAGGUGAUGACAUCGAGGGAGCUGGAGUCUUGUUCUGCAGUCAUUAAGCGAGUCUCUGUAAAUUUGAUUUCCUUCUUUUUUUUUCUCUGGACAGAUGGCGUGUUUUUACAGUUCUGCCCUGCAGGAACAUGAAGCCUUCCUGAGAGUCUGAAUGAUCCGUUUAUGCAAAAACGGCGAAUGAGAUGUGAGAUCAUGUGACACUAAUGUCGACUUUAAACCGGAGUUUAGGACGAGGAAGGAUCUGUCGCACAGGAAAGUGAGAAUGUCUGAGGGCGGUUUGUAACGUGAACACCAGCAGCAUGAAAAUUCAUGAUAAAUAUGAGACGAGUAUCAUGUGUUAUUUCAUAGGAAGAGGUUACAUGAUGAGCCGCGGUGCAGGCCCAAACUUGAGACCGCUUUACCUAAACUAGAACCCCAAACUAGUCUUUGGGCGGCUCAUCAAAAACCUCCGAUCAGACAAAUCUUAUUUAUUAUCUUCCUCGUUGAGGAGACCAUCACCAAACAACACAAAUCAUAAUCCAUACAUACAUGUGCUGUCAUUAAAAAUGCAAAAUGUAAGACCUGCAGUACCUCCAUAAGCCACCAGGGGUAAGCCUUAUGAAGCCCAAUUGGCACUGACUCAAGUUGAUUCUGAUCUCCUGACUCUACAGCCCAAUCACAAACCGACCCGACACACUGAAGUUACACUCACAGCUGUGGAGUGCGCCUCAGUUGAAAUCAGAGGGUAUAAACGAGAUGAGCGGGUAUGGGACGCCCUCCUCACUCCACCGGAAAACAGAAAGCUUCAUUGCCAUAGCAACACAAAGACGUGUCCUGUGCAAAGCAGUGUUUAUAUUCUUAGUAAACGGACAUCAUGUUCAGUUCUGAGCCGCACUGGCUGCCUCAUUUUUUCAUCGUCCCUGUAAAAUCAUAAAUCCAGGAACCAUCACAGUGACAAAAAUUAAACUUCUAAUUGUUAGUGAUUCCACACGUCUUUAGACCAUUUUACUAUUUGACAUGUGCCUGACCAAUCAAAUCAAACCAAACAUCGGCACAGAGUACGAUUUCAGACUUCUGUUUGAUCUUUCCAAUCCAAGUAUUUUGUGAUUUUUUUUUGUCAGUAAGACAAAGGUGGACAAAUACGGAACGGAAGUCUGCACUGAUGCAGACCCGCUGUUUAAGGGCUGAACGGACCUUCAAAAUGGCGGAGUCUCUGCGGGGACGCACAAACGGAGGGAGAGUGUGUAGGGGGCGGUUUAGGAUUGGGCCAAGAAAUCCUGGUCUUGACCUGAGGUCCUCAGUCUAGGCUCUGGGUUUUCGGAGUCCACCUCUUCAUCACCUUUUUAAUAUCUUACAAAAACACUUUUCUCUGGAUUAAUAUUUACAGGAAUCUACAGGAAAACAUAAUCUGAGCCGGUUUAAUCCUCUGGACUCCGAUAUCCAUCAGUAUUUUUAUUUCUUAAUUGUUUUUUAUGUUUAAGCUUUUGUUGGUUUUAGUUUUUUAUCAACAUAUCAGUGUUUUAUUUCCUUUAAUCUGUUUGUUUCUUUCAAUUGUUUUAUUUCUUUUCAAUCUUUUUUGUUUUACUUUAUUUCCUGCUCUCUUUCUCUUUACUUUAUUUCUCUCUCUCUUAUAUUUCUACAUCGAUCUAUACUUUAUAAAAAGAAGUGUGGCUGUGAGAUUUUAGCAACCUCAGGUUUUUUCUUCAGGUUUUUUUUAGUUUUUAUGCAUUUCCCUUUAAAAGAAAAAAUAAUCAUUCAUAUGCAGAUUUUGGGUCCAGAAAUUGACCUGACUUAAUUGGUCAUCAGGCCGAAAUAGCUCAGUUGGGAGAGCGUUAGACUGAAGAUCUAAAGGUCCCUGGUUCGAUCCCGGGUUUCGGCAGCUGACAGGAGUCACUUAUUGGUGACGGGAGAUCAGUUACUUUGGAUUAGACCAGGUUUGGACAGGAGGUUUGGAGCUGGAGGAGUGCUGGUUGACUUCAUGGUUUCUGCCAAGAGACCGUUGAGCAAGGCAGCAGAUGUUUAACAGCUGUGUCCGUGUGCUCGCCUUAAGUUUCCUUGGAGUGGAUCAAUUGUAAAACAAUGUGGUCUGCUGACCAAACCAGGACCAGGCUCUAAUGUGACCCUAAUGUUGAGGGUUGAUUUGUUCAGAUUUCUGACAAAAAGAGGAACUAGUUUUUCUCACAGGUGGAGCUGCAGGCGUCUCACAGCCUGAGGAGGACAGGAGCUGCUCUGUGGUCUGAAGACGCAGCAGCAGCAGAUCUUCUGUCUCACUCGACUCGUUCGUCUUCAUCACUCUGAGAAAAGAGGCACAAAGACAAAGAAGAACUAUUUUAAUCCAAACAAGAAAAAAGUGCUGAUAGUUCAUCAGAGAUCCUCUUUGUGUUCAGACUCUUUUCAUCUCGACUCAGAGCUUCAAAACUUCACAAAGAUCUGAAGGAGGAAGCUGAUAAUCAGAGAGGAUUGUGGGAGUCGACUCAGAGACUCGGGUCCACUCGAGGAGCUUCCUCCUACACUUUUCUGCUCAUAGUCAAACAAAACAAGAGCGCUUUUCAGAACAAAGGACAUGAGAAGAACAGGGAAUCAGCGGGGUUACACUGCCUCCCUGUGGUGGAGCUGUGAACUGCAGUCAUGUGACUGAACUGUAAUGAGAUUUGAGCCUCCUUUGUCUUUUUGGUCCUUCAUCAUGAACCUUAAAGCUGUUAUCGCUCUGUUUUAACGUUUCCUCUUCCUCUUCCUCCUCCUCCUCUUCUUCUUCGUCUCUCCUCAGCGGUCUACAUCCUCCUGGGAGCCGGAGGACUGAUGAUGAUCGUCGGGUUCUUCGGAUGUUUUGGAGCCGUACGAGAGUCUCAGUGUCUUCUGGCAUCAGUGAGUGAAUUAAAGUGCUGCUGGAGCUUUAAUUAAACUUAACCAUCAAUAUUUUUUAGUUCUUUAUGGCUGAUACCGGGUCCUUAGUUCUAGUUUUCUCUUGCAGACUGGACUGAAAAAUAAAACUCCUCUGAUAGUUGAGGUGUUGAUGGGCCAAAACAUUAAGUACGUUUUAAGAAGACGCUCAAUGUUCCUCAUUUUGGUACAUAAACCAAAACUUCAGCAUUACCACGACCUUAUUCUUGUGAUAUUAGGACUUUAUCUUUGAAACAACACGCCUUUAAUCCGGUAACCUGAUAUGACUAUUAUUUCACAAUCUCACCAGAAAGUAAAUAUUCUCAUUAGAAAGUCACUUACACUUUAAAAAACAUCAUUAGAAAAAAAAACUGAACCUAAAAACAGGAAAAUCUUUAACAUGGCUCUAAAACUCGACGUGCUGAAAUUGAAAAGUUCCUUUCCAAGUGUGUGAGAAUGAUAAUAGUUGAGGAGAAACCGUCAAAUUUAAAGAUCGGUUUAAAACAUCCUUAAAACAAACUUCAGAGAAAUGAUGAAAACUUAAAAUCCUAAAAAAUGACUGACCUGUGCUGCGGCAGAGUCUGAACCCGGCUCAUUUACAGAGACUGAAAACCCUCCUCAGGAAACUCUCAUGAUUUCUCGUCUCUCCUCCAGUUCUUCGCCUGCCUCCUGAUCAUCUUCGGCGCGGAGAUCGCAGCUGGUGUGUUUGGAUUCAUCAACAAGGAACAGGUGCAGCGCUGAAAUGAAAACUUCAGAUUUCAAGUUUUCUCUCAUAUUUACGACCAAAAUCUCUGAAGUGACCGAUUUUCUGCCGUCUUGUGUUCGUGACAGAUCGUCGAGGAGGUGCAAAAGUUUUACAGCAACUCCAUCUCUGACGCCUCCAACGCCAACGCCACCGCAAUCGCCCUCAUGUACCACAAAACUGUGAGUGUAACACACAACCCGAACAGGAAACAGGAUCCCAAACCAAAUAAAUAAAACAUACAAAGUCCGUGUUCACCACACACUUCCUCCUGAGCAACUCAGUCUGGUUCUCAUUUCAGAGACCGCAUCGGGAAAAGCGCGCUUAACGGCGCUUAGCUGACAUAAUAUCAGGUUUUCCUGUCAUGGAAAACUUGACGAUAAAUAAAACAUCUCCAUCAGUAAAACCGAGAGUGGAGCAUGUUUUUAUUCAUGUCUAAAAAUAUUCAGAUUUAUGAUCUACAAAGUCUACAAAGUACAGUGAUAUAUGAAAAAAAACAUGAUUGUCUUGUGUGUCCACACGAGUCAGUGGGUUCGAGCCUUAUUGGGGACGCCCUCUGCCGUCCCCAGGCCAUCCGCCGCAAUAAUAACCAGGGUUUCGAACCAGGAGCCGGUCUUCAACCAGAACACAUGGCUCACAUUAGGGUGUUAGAUGUCUACCACACUGUGCCACCGGAGACCAUCCACAGUUGGGGAUGAGCUCUGCGUGCUUUUAUCUUGGUACUUGUCCACAAGGGGGUGCCAAACUCCAGACAGAGGCUUUAAAGAAAUUAUUGCUAACUCAAUUCUGGAGUAAAAUCACUUUAUCCCUUUAGUACAUUCAUAGUACUUCUCAGUUAAUAAUAAUAAUAAUAAUAAUAAUAAUAAUAAUAAUAAUAAUAAAAAUAAUAAUAAUAAUGAAGAAACCAAAAGCACAAAUAAUCCAAAAGAUUAGGGAGUUAACAUCAGCAGCUUUUUUCUUAAAAUAAAAACAAACACAAGCUCCAACUUUCAAUUGCAAUUUAUUUCAAGUGACGCUAAAAUGAAAAUCUAUGUUUAAAAAACUUAAAAACACUCCAUUUAUAUCCCAAACACACACAAUACCUAUAGCCACCCAAACUCUGCAGAUACAGUAAAUCAUCAGAUUUACACAUCAGCGUCAGCAUCACAUUGUCAUAAGUAUAAAGACUUAAAAAAAAGAAUAUAUGAGAAAAACGUCUUUUCCACGGGGAAAAAAACUGGUGUACUUGAAGGAAAUCGCUGCUUUUGUGGAGGCAGAAAUGAAUAUGCUGAGGAUAUAUCUGUCAACGCAGCCGUAAAUAUCCGUGAAUGACAUUGAGCUUUAGUUUAUGAUAUGAAUCCAUACGCCAUAAUAAGGUGUUGGUGUCUCUGCAGGCGCGCUUAGCAUUUCUUAGCAUCUCGUGCCAAAUGGGACACCGUUCGCGCCGUCGUGACGUCAGGCACGCAGAAGUGCACUUCGCUCGAUGCGGUCUCAGAAAUGAGACACAGCCUCAGUUUCUCUGACAAUCUCUUCAGGACGCUGAAACUUCUGAAGAUGCGACACAAAGAUUAAAUAUUCAGUUAUUUAUCAAAAAUACAGGCUGAAUUUGUGACGUUUGAAAAGAACUCUCUUUUCACAACCCUCAAAUCUCACCUUUUUCCUGAUCAUGUCUUUCAAACUCAAGUUUUUAUUAUUUAAACCUCUAUAAUGUUUUUAUUUCUUAUUUUGUAUUUUCAGUUGAACUGCUGCGGAGGAUCUGUGUCUGAAACGACCUCUGCCCUCUGUGCCGACUCUCCUCCAGAGGAAACCCAGGUGAACCUUCUUCACACCUGCUGCUCUGACAUCUUACCUCCACAUGGGGGCGGUGUGGGGCUGUUUUAAUCAGUAAACCUGAGUGUUCUUGUUCAAUGGUGCACAUGAGGAUAACUCUGAAUGCUUCGUUUCUGUUUUAGGACUGUAUCACGGCUAUAACAGAGUUCUUCAACGAAAGGCUGCACAUCAUCGGUUACAUCGGGAUCGGGAUCGCAGGAGUCAUGGUGAGAAUUUGAUCGGCUUCUCGUUUAAAUUAACGUCACCUCUGAUUGUCAAAACUUAAACUCGCUCUCUCUCUUGUUUCAGAUCUUAGGCAUGGUCUUCAGCAUGGUUCUGUGCUGCGCUAUCAGGAACAACAGGGAGGUCAUAUAGUCGAUAAGUCGACCCCCGCCCACCCUCCAGUCUCCAGUCACCGAUCCCUUCAUAAUCAACCCGACUUCAAGAGAAGGGAAGCACCAAAGUCUCAUUCUUUCACUCUCGUUCCUCAGUGCAGACUGAGCUGGCGGGAACUUUUGAUUUUUUUUUUUUGUAACUCCACAAAUACGUCAUCCGUCCGCGGGCCAAAUUCAACACGAUACGCUGGAUCGUUCUCUCCUCCUCGACUCCACCAGCGCUGAUAUCUGAUCUCUUUUUUUUUUUUAACACUCGCUCUGCUUCCUCUACAUUAACACUCGUCUGUUUCCUGCUCCGUCACUCCAACACAAAGCCUUUUUUUGACACAGGAAUGUUGUGAUUGAGGAGUAUCGCUGUAAAUACGGACACCUACGUUACGCACCUGCUCCUAACUUAUUUAAACGUGGUUUGAAGGCCUUACGCCGUAUUGUGUGCUUACAUGUUUGGAGGACUAGUCUACCUUUGCAGAGUGAAUUUCCAUUAUGUGCCUACUGUCUAUUUAUUCACCUCCAGCUGAAGUGCUAUCUGCAUCUUUCCCAGUGAUUUCGGUGUGUACAUAAAGACUGCGCUCGCUCCCAGACACCACCCUCGAGUAUUUCGACUUGAAAGCACAACGCAGGAGGAAGUGUAGGCGUGCUGAAGGGUUAGAAAAGGUCUGAUGAUAAACUGCCGCUCUGUGAACCUCCAAACUCAUCGGAAAAGGUCACGAGUAACACGGCGUCUGGCGCUCUCUCCCCCCCUGCGGAGAGAGCGUGUGUGAACUCUAACAGUGAGCUAGUCUGCAUUUUGGUGUGAAUUCUUUUGGAUGUAAAUUUUGUUGGUGUGCCAAUAAGAUGUGAAUUAUAGAUUAAUAUAGUUUAUGUCAAACUCUUAACCUCAGUAAUAAACAGAAAUGGGUGCUUUUAUUCACAACUGUGUCUGUUUUUUUGAGGUUUCGUUUUUCAUGAGGUGAUUCAUGAGUUUCCUGUAAGUCGACCGAAGUGGGAGUCGAGUGUGAAAUGAAAGCAAAUGUUGCGGUCAGCCCGAGAGUUUUCCUCUGAAGAGCUACGUGAACACUCAGGGUAUCAGAAUGGCUGCCAAACAGAGGAAAGCAAACACACGUGGUGUUUGCAGAGUCAUUAUCAAAUAUGUGAUCAGAGAAGCAUCAAGAUGACAUUUAGAGACACGAUUCACUUCAAAGUUUUAAAGGUUAGGUGAGAAACUCUAAAGAGGGAACAGAAGAUCUGAUUCACAGGAAAAAUGA